UUGUAACACCCUUGCCAUGGCUGUCACACGUCUCCACUCAUGUAAAGAAACAUUAUUCUUUUGUCUCUUUUAGCUUUGGUGUUGCGUUUUAGCAGCCGUUUUGAUGUAAUGUGAUGUCAGAUAAACGUCAGCGUGCCAGAGUCCAGGGCUCAUGGGCCAAACAACUGCCAAAACACCCUGGACCAACAGGUGCCGUCCCAAACAACCCACAACCAAAAAAUGUCAACCCAGCCCCUAGUUCUUGGGGAUGUGGGCCUGAGAAAACCCCUAAGACAUUUGAGUUUCAUCAGCCCACCAAGUCAGUUAGAGAUGUUCCACCAGUGAAGGUGAUAGAGCAGGCAGGUAUUCACGAGAUCAGCCUUGGACCAUCAGGCGUGUCCAGACUGCGGCUGCUGCCUGGGUUUCUUCCCCCAGAAGAGGCUGACUGGAUGUUCAGUAAGCUGUUGGCAGAGCUUCCCUGGUCCCAGAAGACCAACUACAGACAGGGUGAUGCGUACGAGGAGCCCAGACUGACCUGCUGGUACGGAGAGCUGCCCUACACAUACGCCCACUCCACCAUGGCUGCAAACGAACAGUGGCAUCCGUUGCUGUUACCCCUCCGCGAGGCCGUGGAGCAGGCGAGCGGAUGCAGCUUCAACUCUCUGCUGUGUAACCUGUAUCGGGACGGCCACGACAGCAUCGGCUGGCACAGCGACGACGAGGCCUCUCUGGGAAACAAACCCACCAUCGCCUCCAUCAGUCUGGGCGACACCAGAGUGUUCGGCCUCCGCAAGCAGCCUCCACCGGAGGAGAAUGGUGACUACACUUAUGUGGAGCAGAUUCGGGUUCCUCUCAGUCACGGGACACUUCUGGUGAUGGACGGAGCGACGCAAGACGAUUGGCAGCAUCAAGUGGCUAAAGAGUACCAUGACCGAGGCCCACGCAUCAACCUGACCUUCAGAACCAUGUACCCAGAGCCGGAGGGCCACAGGCCGGGCACCAAGCUACGAUUUACAUCCAAGCAACCAUAAAUCUCCCCUCAGAGACAGGUACUGGCUGCAAGGCUGAGGAGACGGUUGUCUAGUGGCUCUGCAUUUAAAACACUGAUCAACACGAUGUUAGAUCUGAUGUUUGGAGUGUGAACUUUGACCUUUUCAGUGAGUUUGCAAGCGAUUUCAGUAGAUUGUAACAAGUCUUGUAAACACAUCGGUCGGUUACAGACCACAAUAUGAAUAACGGCUUCUUCCAAGUUAAACAGGGAGAUAUUUUAGCUCUGCCUUAAUUAAUGUAUGAACCAUAAUGACUCUGCAAAAUGACUCUGCAGACGUGAUCAGUGGAGAUAAUCAGAUAUCGGUGUUUUCAGACAAGCCAAACAGAAGAAGUUUAGCACAGUUGCUUCGGUUUAUCUCAGUUCAUUUGCUACAGUCUUUGGCUGGUAUGCCAAACUUUAAUUUUGGCUCAAAUGAGUUGUCAUGAAAAGUGUCUUUUAUGAGAGACUGUACAUUGACUGUACGGGAAGUCACUGACUCACUUUGUUUAUCUCAAGGAGCUUUUUUGGAGAAAACACAUUUGCUGUAUAAAUGGGAAGGAACAAGUAAAGUGGCCACUUAGAGGCCAAUUACAGCUCCAUCAGGACUGGAACUAGUUUAUUAUCCUGUUGUUAAAGAUUUGUCUGAUCAGUCUCUCAAAGAGGUAAUGCAGCUUUUUGCACAGUUCAACUUUCAACUUUUGUUAACAAAACAAGUCAAAACAGUGGCAUACCCAUUUUAAUUUUGAAGUUGUUGAUUUUUGCAUUGGUUGUUUUUCACUAAACUUUGUCAUUUAUCAAAAGACAUCAACCCAUGCAAACUAAAUAUACAUAUGCUCAAAGCACCUGGAGACAUUAAAACAAAAAACAAGUUCACAUAGCGACAGAUGCUACGGCUACAUGCUAACUAUAUCUGGCAUCCAGUGGUAAAGAAACAGAAGAAUCCCACAGACAUAAAAAGGAGCUUAAAUGGCCCUGAAAUAAAAAUAAUAAACUUAAGAAAGGGAACAACUUAACAUUGUUCCUGACAAAGUCACAGACAGUUAAAACGUAAAGUGAGUAGUUGAUUUAAAGUUAUAGCUUUUUGGUUUUUGCAUAUACCUCCCUGCAUUAGUUCCAUGUUUAUUUUGUUCAAACAUACUACUUAAAAUUUUGUUCAUACACACUACUUUAACCGCCCACAUAAUGGGAUAUUCUGUUUAUCUUGUAAUGCUAAAGAGACACCAUAGAUGCAAUUGAUUGCUGUUGUUCUGAAAUAAAGAAAUACA